AUGAAGCCGAUCACAUCGACAGUCCUGGCAGCACUGCUGCUGCCUGCUGCCGCCCUUGACUCCCGCGUCUCCCGCAUUCUUCAACGGCAUGCCACCUCCACCACCGCCAACAACAAGGACACCCCUCCAGCAGGCGUCAAUUCCUCCAGCGUCUAUCAAACCCGCUUCGACGGCGUCACCUGGGACGACGACCACUGGCUGCUGUCCACCACCACGCUCCAACAAGGCCAGUUCCAGUCCCGCGGCUCCGUCGCCAACGGCUAUCUCGGCAUCAAUGUCGCCAGCGUCGGCCCCUUCUUCGAGGUCGACCAAGAGGACGUCGGCGAUGUCAUCAACGGCUGGCCGCUGUACAGCCAGCGCCAGACCUUUGCGACCAUCUCCGGCUUCUACGACUCGCAGGCGACGACGGACAGCACCAACUUCGAAUGGCUGUAUCAGUACGGUCACGACAGCGUCAUUAGCGGUGUCCCGCACUGGAGCGGAUUGAUUCUCGACUUGGGUGACGACGUCUAUCUCGAUGCCACCGUCGACAACAGCACCAUUUCGGACUUUCGCUCGACGUACGACUUCAAGGCCGGACUGCUGUCGUGGUCGUAUACGUGGACGCCCGCCGGCAAGGGCUCGUAUGCCAUCACGUAUCGACUGUUCGCCAACAAGCUCAACAUCACCCAGGCCGUCGUCGACAUGGAGAUUGUGCCGGGGGCUGAUGCCAGCGCCAACGCGACCAUCGUCAACGUGCUCGACGGCUACUCGGCCGUGCGCUCCGACUUUGUCGCGUCCGGGGAAGACGACGGCGCCAUUUACUCGGCGGUUCGUCCCCAGGGCAUCGCCAACGUCACCGCAUACAUCUACGCCAAUCUGACGGCCACCGCGAACGUCGACCUCUCGUCGCGCACGCUCGUCACCGACCAGCCCUACAUCAGCGCCAACGACUCGUCCAUCGCGCAGGCUGUCCCCGUCCGCUUCACCCCCAACGAGCCCGUGCGCAUCACCAAGUUCGUCGGCGGCGCCUCCACCGAUGCCUUCGCGGACCCCCAGCAGACCGCAAAGCAGGCCGCGUCCGCCGCGCAGUCGGCCGGCUUCCAGCGCUCGCUGCAAGCCCACGCCGCCGAAUGGGCCUACAUCAUGAACGACCAGUCCGUCGACCGCUUCACCGACCCGUCGACCGGCCGUCUCCCCGACGACGACCACAUCAUCAACUCGGCCGUCAUCGCCGUCGCCAACACCUACUACCUGCUGCAAAACACCGUCGGCCAGAACGCCCUCGCCGCGGUCUCCGCCGACGCCCCCCUCAACGCGCAGAGCAUCGCCGUCGGCGGGCUCACCUCCGACUCCUACGCCGGCCUCAUCUUCUGGGACGCCGACGUGUGGAUGCAACCCGGGCUUGGUGGCCUCGCACCCCGAGGCCGCGCAGGCCGUCACCAACUACCGCGUCGCGAAACACGACCAGGCCGUCGCCAACAUCGACACUGCCUUCGCCAGUUCCAAGAACCAGACGCGCUUCGACCCCGGCGCCGCCAUCUACCCGUGGACCAGCGGGCGCUUCGGCAACUGCACUGCCAGCGGGCCCUGCUGGGACUACCAGUACCAUCUGAACGGGGACAUCGGGCUGUCGAUGAUCUACCAGUGGGUGGCGAGCGGGGAUACGCCGGCCUUCCGCGAGACCAUGUUCCCGGUCUACGACUCCAUCGCGACGCUGUACAGCAACCUGGUGGAGCGCAACGGGUCGUCCUGGACGCUCACCAACAUGACCGACCCGGACGAACGCUGCGCUACGCCAACACCUUCCGCGAGCAGUUCGGCCUCGAGGCGAACGAGACAUGGACCGAGAUCGCAGAUAACGUGCUCGUACUGCGCGAGAACGGUGUGACUCUCGAGUAUACCACAAUGAACGGCACGGCCGUCGUCAAGCAGGCCGACAUCGUGCUCGUCACAUAUCCCCUCGUCUACGACAACUACACCACGCAGGACGCCCUCAACGACCUGGACUAUUACGCAAACAAACAAUCCCCCGACGGCCCCGCCAUGACCUGGGCCAUCUUCUCCAUCGUGGCCACCGACCUCUCCCCCUCCGGCUGCUCCGCCUACACCUACCACCAAACCGCCUACGACCCGUACAUGCGGGCGCCCUUCUUCCAGCUGUCGGAGCAGAUGGUCGACAACGCCACCACGAACGGCGGCACGCACCCGGCCUACCCGUUCCUGACGGGCCACGGCGGCGCCAACCAGGUCGUGCUCUUCGGCUACCUGGGGCUGCGCCUGCUGCCCGACGACAUCCUCCACAUCGACCCGAACCCGCCGCCACAGCUGCCGCACAUCCAGUACCGCACGUUCUACUGGCGCGGAUGGCCGAUCGCGGCGCGGUCGAACGCGACGCACACGACGCUGGCGCGCGCGGACCUCGACCCGCUCGACACGGCGGACAUGCGGUUCGCGAACGCGUCCAUCGCCGUGCACGUCGGCUUCGAGACCAACGGCACCAGCGAAGCGAGCUACGAGCUGCCCGCGACGGGGGAGCUGACGGUCCCGAACGGGCGGAUCGGGUGGAUCCCCACGACGGACGGGAACAUGGCGCAGUGUCUGCCCGUCGCGUCGCGGGACGCCUACGCCCCCGGCCAGUUCCCGAUUGCGGUUGUCGACGGCGCGACCUCCACCCGGUGGCAGCCGGCGUCGUCGAAGAUCAGUGCCGUCACGGUGGAUUUGGGCCGCGGCGCUGCGGUUGCGGGCGCGAACGUCACCGCGUUCCAUUUCGACUGGGCCGCGAUGCCGCCGGUUAAUGCGACGGUGGUGUUCCAUGACGUGCCGCUGAGGGAUCCAGCUGCUGUCGCUGCUGGAGCGCACGAGGGCGGUGAUUACCGGGUCGUCGCGACGCUGACGGACAUUGCGCAGUCGAAGCCCUACCGCGCGGACAGCGAGGAGUUUACGGCCGUCGCGGUGCCGGUGGGCAACACGACCGAUGUGCGGCUGGAUGCGCCGGUGCAGGCGGCGCGGUAUGCCACGCUGCUCAUUUCUGGUAACCAGGGGCUCGCUGCGGGUGAUGAAGAUGUCGGAGCGACGGUGGCCGAGUGGGCGAUUAUCAGUCCGGCAAUGCAGACGCAUGCGCAGCAGCGACGGAGCGGCCGCGCACGGUCGGACAUGUUGGAUCGUACGAUGUUGCGAGGACGCAUUGGGAAAUGA